AUGGUGAAAGGACAACAACUAGAAGUGCUAAAUGCACUUGAUGUUGCAAAAACACAAUGGUAUCAUUUUACAGCAAUUGUGAUUGCUGGUAUGGGAUUCUUUACAGAUGCAUACGACUUGUUUUGCAUCUCUUUGUUGACAAAGCUUCUAGGCCGCAUUUACUAUGAUGUACCCGGAGCAAGUAAGCCAGGCGCUUUGCCUAUAAACGUCUCAGCUGCUGUAAGUGGUGUUGCCCUCUGUGGGACUCUAGCUGGACAACUCUUCUUCGGCUGGCUCGGAGACAAAAUGGGGAGGAAGAAGGUGUAUGGUAUCACAUUGGUUAUGAUGGUUGCAAUGUCAAUUGCCUCUGGUCUCUCCUUUGGUAGCACUGCCAAGAGUGUUAUGACAACACUUUGCUUCUUCCGCUUCUGGCUAGGAUUUGGUGUUGGAGGAGAUUACCCUCUAUCGGCCACCAUCAUGUCUGAGUAUGCUAACAAGAAGACUCGUGGAAGUUUCAUUGCCGCUGUCUUUGCCAUGCAAGGCAUGGGUAUCUUGGCUGGUGGGAUUGUUUCCCUAAUUGUUUCAUCCGCAUUUGAGGCCAAAUUCAAGCCUCCCCCUUUUAAAGUAAACGCAGUUGCCUCCCUACCAUCAGAGUGUGAUUAUAUCUGGCGUAUUGUCUUGAUGUUUGGGGCUAUACCUGCAGCCACAACAUACUACUGGCGUAUGCAGAUGCCUGAGACUGCUAGGUACACCGCUCUUGUGGCAAAGGAUGCUAAGCAAGCUGCUUCAGACAUGUCUAAAGUCCUCAAGGUUCAGAUAGAUGCCGAGGAAGAAAAGGUUGACAAAAUAGCAAAGAGUGAGAGGAAUCAGUUUGGACUUUUCACAAAGCAAUUUGCUCGUCAAUACGGUCUUCGUCUCUUGGGAACUACCAGUACAUGGUUCUUACUCGACAUUGCAUUUUAUAGUCAAAACCUUUUCCAAAAAGAUCUUUUCAGCUCCAUUGGGUGGAUCCCACCGGCAGCAGAUAUGAAUGCUAUCAGGGAGGUGUAUAUGGUAGCAAGAGCUCAAACAUUGAUCGCUCUUUGUGGAACUGUCCCCGGAUACUGGUUUACUGUUGCUUUCAUAGACGUAAUUGGACGUUGGUGGAUUCAGAUGAUGGGAUUCUUUUUCAUGACCGUUUUCAUGUUUGCUAUUGCUUUUCCUUACAAAUAUUGGCAGCAAAAGGAGAAUCGUAUUGGGUUCAUUAUCAUGUAUGGACUAACCUUCUUUUUUGCCAACUUUGGUCCUAAUGCCACUACCUUUGUUGUGCCUGCUGAGGUCUUCCCAGCUAGAUUGAGGUCUACCUGCCAUGGUAUAUCUGCAGCAACUGGAAAAGCUGGUGCCAUUAUAGGAGCCUUUGGAUUUGUGUAUGCCUCACAAGAGAAGGACCCUGCUAAGAGAGAUCAUGGUUAUCCCGCCGGUAUUGGGAAGAGUAAGUCCCUUAUUGUGCUUGGUGUUAUCAACUUCCUGGGUAUGGUGUGCACUCUAAUGGUUCCCGAAUCUAAGGGUAAGUCUCUUGAAGAAUUAGCCGGUGAAGACAGGGAAGAAGUUAACCUCAAAAGGUAUGUUUUCCCAAACUGCUAUUGAAGUGUUAUUGAUUUGGCAUUCCAAAUUAUAACUGAAAUACUAUCUUGCAGAGAAACUGAAUUACUUAAGGAAAACCCACUGCGUAACUUUCCUGCCAGCAGUUUCCCUCGAUGAUUCCAUUCCUAUACGGUUCUAGUCUAUGCUCUCAAUCUUUGGAGAAUCUGGAGAAGGGAACAACAAUUUUCUUAGAGCAGUUCCAAUUUUAAGGGUGAAAUCUUGCAUCUGUUUCCUCUUUGUAUAACACAUGUCUACAUCAUACGACAUAAACAAUCUCUAUUGUUGUUUUUAUCAUUUGUCAAAUGAGCAAACUAUUUAAAAGGCAUGACUUAGCGCACUUUGAUGAGCAAAACGUAAUAUUAUAACAUGUGAUAGCAUGUUUAAGGCCUUGUUCAAGUCAAUUGUAAAUAUAAUCAAAGUUUAGAAUGCAACAUUGAUGAACCAAUUAUCAGUCAAUAGAGCCAAUUAUCAAUAGCAACCAAAGUAGAAUUUUCUAGCAGAAUAGAGCAAACAGUUUGGCUGGGAAAUUUAUAUGGGCAAAUGACCAGAACCAGACAGUAGCCUUGUACGAAGAAAGAUGUCCUUGUGGGUAUAAAAGCACCAUCAACUAGGAAGCCUAACAGCCUAAAAGAGCCUUCAACAGCUAGAACACUAAGUUUUUGAACCGGUAGGCAGGAACAGACACAUGACAACAGUAUUAUACAAUCACAUCUAGAUUUGAAUGAACUUACUUCUGGUACCGCCUAGAUGCAAAGUACCAAAAAGUGACCAACCUAAACUCCUCAAACAAUUGAGCUUCGAAAUCCGUUGUGUUUCUAAGAGUGCAAUCACUGCAAUGAACCUGAAACUUCUUCUCGAGGUGCACAUAUAUCUGUUCUUUUACAUCAAUAGUUAUCACCAAUAACACCAUAAAUUAAAUGAGGCUGACAUCUUAAAUGUGAUGCAGACUGUAAUUAGACAUCAAUUUGACUUAUAACCUGAAACCUUAUGAUAAGAAUUCUUCAGACCUUCAUUUACAAAUUUAUCAAAAAGAGCUAAAAAUAACAGACAAUCCUUCAAGAUAGUCAGAGAAGUCCACAAAAAGGAGACAGUGACAUGCUGAUAAACCAGCCAAAAAAAGCAGAGAGAUAUCAAUGAAAUCCAUAAAGAAGACUUACAUGCCCCUAUUUUAGACAAGCAUCUAGGAAAAUAGGAUGGUAAAGGGCUAAAAUGCAAUAAGCACAUACAACCCUUACUAGUUAUGCAUUAUACAUUUCAUGAUACCCAUAUGCCUACAUAUUGAAAGCAAAUUUUAUAAUCAUCAUCUAUAAUUUGAAAAAAGCAUAUACAUGAAACUAAAUAAAAGAGAUUAUUUCAAUAAACUUUAAUACAGCUCAUACAACCCUUACUAGUUGCUAGUCAGGAGAAUUUUCUCUACAUUAUUUCAGCUGGAUAAGGUUCAUUAUAGCAUGGAUAUGGCCACCUAACAUGAGUAUACAAUUGUACACUUUCACUAUGAUUCUUAAUGCAUAUGGUGUCUCCAAAAAUAUGCAAACGUUGGUGGCUGAACCAUACAGGGCAUUAAUAAUGGAAUCCAUGCUUUAUACAUUUCUAUAGGUUAAUAAUUAUUUUGCUCAUUUGACAAAAUGCAAUAAACACAUACAGUAUCUUUCAAUAAACACAUACAAUAU